CAUGCGGGGUCCGUUUGAAAGAUGAUGAUACUCAUCUUAGCUCAGCUUCGUGAUUUGGUAAUUGCCAACACCCUUUUGCUUGUGUUGUAAAAUUAAUCGGGUGGCUGACAGCGCACCAUGCAGUGUAGUUUUUGCGUAGUAAAAAGGAAAACAAUGAUAGUAAUAAAUAGCAAAACAGUCCAUUAAUGCGUUAUCGCAAGGGGCUCAGCAGUGUCUGGAUCUUGGUAACUGGAGAUGUUCAUCAUGAAGAAACGGUAGAUGCUCCGCAACGGUCUCUAAGUCUAGUUAGUCUAUUUGGAAUGCGUUGGAAGCGGAGGAUCCCCUAUCGCUCUCUUUUUAUUUUUAUUUUUAUUUCUUUUUUAACCUUUCCAUCCCAAUCGUUGCAUGGAAGAUGAUCUGGAAGUCUGCAUUGAACGCCGAUCCCAGUGGACUCUCUGCCGCGCCAGAGUGGUAAUGGUGCGUACAGUGCGUACAUAUAUUACUACUAGUAGUAAGACGGGUACGGCUACCCCGACGGCUAUUAAUACAUACUCCGCUAUAACAUGCGGUCGAGGC